AUGUUACUUCUCAGUUAUCACAAGUUCAACGAGGCGCAGAGAGAACAAUCGGUGUUGAAUCGGUUGAAACAAGGAGAGAUCGUUGCACUUAUCAGCGAUGCAGGGACUCCGGGAAUUAGUGAUCCUGGUACUCAACUUGCGAAAAUGUGUGCGAGAGAGAAUAUCGAUGUCAUUCCGAUCCCUGGGGCUUGCGCUUUUUGGAGGGGUUCGCUAGGGGAAGCCAAGCAAGAGUUUCUGAUUCGCCAGCCAAAAGGAGAAAUCACGCUUUUGAUUGAAGGAAAGGAAGAAACCAAAGCUGAUAAUCCAACGGAUACUGAAGUCGAAGAAGAGUUAAGAGUGCUGAUCUCUGACGGACAUAGCCUUUCCACGGCGGUGAAAACAGUGGCGGAAAGAACAUCAAUGAGAAAGAAAGAGGUAUAUUCGUUGGCAUUGAAGAAAUUUGGGAAGCAGAUUCAGGUAGAAGAUGAAGAUGAUUAG